AUGUCCGAGUAUCGUGACUACGUAGUCCGCUACAAGAAGCCAACUACAAACAAUGCAAACAAGAAGCCGGCAGGAACUUACGACAAAGAUCCCGGAGACAAUGCAUUCGGCCCCAAAGCUAUCGAGUUUGAAGUGCGUCGCAACCUGGAGCGUGCACGUGCCGCGAAGGGCAUGAACAGAAAGCAGCUAGCUGAUGCAGCGUAUAUCAAGGAAUCGCAGCUCGCAGCUUGGGAAUCCGGCUCUGCUCCCAUUCCUGAUGCUGUCAUUCCUAAGUUGGAGAAGGUCCUCGGUACAAAGCUAGUCCCAGAGAAGGAUAAGAAGUAA